CCCACCCCUGCAAGCGCCUCCCACUCCUUCGACAGGGGAUAUGUACACCCACACGGGCCCUGCUGUUCAGUGGUCGCUGAGGGGACCGUGGUCUGCUAGGGGUGCUGCUGGCUGAUCGGUUGUAAAUCCAAAAGCACAUUACCGUAGGUGUGAAUCUGUGAACCGCAACUCUUAAGCCGCCACCAGCAUGCCAGGCCACGCCGUGAAAAGCACGGGACCUGAUCCUGACCCCUCAGAAUUCCUGUACGUUUCCCUGGAGCAGAAGCGCAUCGACCAGACCAAGCCUUACGACGCCAAGAAGUCCUGCUGGGUCCCCGACGAGAAGGAAAGUUAUGUCUUGGGCGAAAUUCAGGGGACCAAAGGCGACCUGAUAAGUGUUAGCAUUCCGGGAGGAGAAACAAAGAACUUCAAGAAGGACCAGGUGACUCAGGUCAACCCGCCCAAGUACGAGAAAUGCGAGGACAUGUCCAAUCUGACCUACCUUAACGAUGCCUCCGUCCUGUACAACUUGAAGAGUCGCUACCAGGCUAGACUUAUCUACACCUACUCUGGCCUCUUCUGCAUCGCCGUCAACCCCUACAAGCGCUUCCCCAUCUACACCAACCGCACCGUCAAGAUCUACCAAGGCAAGAGGCGUAAUGAGGUGCCUCCCCAUCUCUUCGCUAUUUCCGACGGCGCCUACAUGGCCAUGAUUCAAGGUGGACAUAACCAGUCCAUGCUGAUCACUGGGGAGUCUGGCGCCGGCAAGACUGAAAACACGAAGAAGGUGCUUUCUUACUUCGCCAACGUCGGCGCGUCAACUAAGAAGAAGGAAGGCGAGAAUAGGCCGAACUUGGAAGAUCAAAUUGUCCAAACAAACCCUGUCCUGGAAGCUUUUGGCAACGCCAAGACAGUUCGAAAUGACAACUCUUCCCGCUUUGGUAAGUUCAUCCGCAUCCACUUCGCCCCCAACGGUAAGCUCUCCGGCGGCGACAUCGAGGUGUACCUGCUGGAGAAGGCUCGCGUCAUCUCCCAGCAGUCACUCGAGCGCUCCUACCACAUCUUCUAUCAAAUUAUGUCCGACCAGGUCCCAGAAAUUAAACCUUUGUGUCUCCUGAGUAACGAUAUCUACGAUUACCACUAUGUGUCUCAAGGCAAAGUCACUGUCGCUUCCAUCGACGACAAAGAAGACAUGGAGUUCACUCAUCAAGCGUUCGAUAUUCUGAACUUCAGCAAGGAAGAACGAAGUGAUUGCUACAAGGUGACAGCGUCUGUCAUGCAUUUAGGCAACUGCAAGUUCAAGCAAAGGGGUCGCGAGGAACAGGCCGAGCCUGACGGCACUGAUGCCGGCAAUUUGGUGGCAAAACUGCUUCUCUGCGAUGGCGAUGAACUGUACAAGAAUUUGUGCAAACCCAAGAUCAAGGUCGGCGCCGAAUUUGUAACUCAGGGCAGAAACGUAGAUCAAGUGACCUACUCUGUCGGUGCCAUGGCCAAGGCGCUGUUCGAUCGCGUCUUCAAAUGGAUGGUCAAGAAGUGCAACGUCACACUCGAAACUGGCCAGAAGCGCGCCAUGUUCAUCGGAGUGCUUGAUAUCGCCGGUUUUGAGAUCUUCGAUUUCAACGGCUUCGAGCAGAUCUGCAUCAACUUCUGUAAUGAGAAGUUGCAGCAAUUCUUCAACCACCACAUGUUCGUGCUGGAGCAGGAGGAGUACAAGAAAGAGGGGAUUGACUGGCAGUUUGUCGAUUUCGGUAUGGAUCUGCAAGCCUGCAUUGAACUCUUCGAGAAGAAAAUGGGCAUUCUCUCCAUCCUGGAGGAGGAGUCCAUGUUCCCAAAGGCAACGGACAAAACCUUUGAGGAGAAGCUGAAGACCAACCACCUGGGCAAGUCUCCCUGCUUCAUCAAGCCCAAACCUGCCAAGCCCGGCCAAGCCGAGGCCCACUUCGCCAUCGUCCACUAUGCCGGCACGGUGCCCUACAACCUCUCUGGGUGGCUCGAGAAGAACAAGGACCCCCUCAACGACACCGUCGUGGACCAGCUCAAGAAGGCAGGCAACGCUCUCGUCGUGGACCUCUUCGCUGACCACCCCGGCCAGACCGGUGACGCCGGUGGCGGAAAAGGUGGACGAGGCAAGGGAUCAGGUGGCUUUAAAACGGUUUCGUCUGGGUAUAGGGAGCAGCUAAACAACCUGAUGAAGACCCUGAACUCAACGGAGCCUCAUUUCAUCCGCUGCAUUGUUCCCAACGAGACUAAGUCACCAGGCGUUGUUGAGGCUCCCCUCGUUAUGCACCAGCUGACCUGCAACGGCGUGCUCGAGGGCAUCCGUAUCUGCCGCAAGGGCUUCCCCAACAGGAUGCCUUACCCCGAUUUCAGGCACCGCUACAAGAUCCUGGCCCCCAAGGAGAUGGCUGAAGGCACCGAGGAUAAGAAGGCAGCCAUAGCGUGCUUCGAAAAGGCUGGUUUAGACGCAGAAAUGUAUCGCUGUGGCAACACCAAGGUAUUUUUCCGCGCUGGAGUGCUUGGUAAUCUCGAAGAAAUUCGUGACGACCGGCUUUCAAAGAUCUUAUCUUGGCUUCAAGCCUGGAUCCGAGGCUUCUCUGGCAGGAAAUCCUACGAGAAACUUAUGGAACAGAGGACUGCUCUCAUCGUUGUUCAGCGCAACUUGAGGAAGUACAUGCGUCUGCGCAACUGGGGUUGGUUCCGCAUGUGGCAGAGGGUGAAGCCUUUGCUCAACGUUACUCGCGUAGAGGAUGAAAUCCGAGCCCUCGAGGAGAAGGCAGCCAAGGCUCAAGAAAACUAUGAACGCGAAGCCAAACUUCGCCAGGAACUUGAAGCAGCCAAUGUAGCCUUGCUGGAAGAGAAAAACAAUCUCUUGGUCACCCUUGAAUCUACCAAAGGCAACGUUUCUGAUUUCCUGGAUAAACAAGCUAAACUUCAGGCCCAGAAGACCGAUUUAGAGGCGCAACUCAAGGAAGUAACGGACCGCUUACAGAGGGAAGAGGAAUCACGAAAUCAGCUCUUCCAGGGCAAAAAGAAAACCGACCAAGAAAUUGGCGGUUUGAAGAAGGAUGUGGAAGAUCUAGAACUCGCCGUUCAAAAGGCUGAACAAGACAAGUCUACCAAGGACCACCAGAUCCGCAACCUGAACGACGAAAUCGCCCACCAGGAUGAGCUAAUCAACAAAAUCAAUAAGGAAAAGAAACAUCUUCAGGAAUGCAACCAAAAGACUGCCGAAGAUCUGCAGAACGUCGAGGACAAGUGCAAUCACCUCAACAAGGUCAAAGCCAAGCUUGAGCAGACACUUGAUGAGCUCGAGGACUCUCUUGAGAGAGAGAAGAAACUACGGGGAGAAGUUGAAAAAUCCAAGAGGAAGGUUGAGGGCGAUUUGAAACUGACUCAGGAAGCCGUUGCUGAUCUCGAACGCAACCAGAAAGAACUGGAACAAACUGUUCAGCGAAAGGACAAAGAAAUCUCGUCAAUUUCCUCAAAGCUGGAGGAGGAGCAAGGUUUGGUUGGAAAGAGCCAGCGCCAGGUCAAGGAACUCCAAGCUCGGAUCGAAGAGCUCGAGGAAGAGGUUGAACACGAGCGUCAAUCGCGCUCGAAGUCCGAGAAAUCAAAGACGCUGCUCGCGCGCGAACUCGAAGAGCUCGGCGAGAGGCUGGACGAGGCCGGCGGCGCCACCGCGGCUCAGAUCGAACUUAACAAGAAGCGCGAGGCUGAACUUGUGAAACUGCGCCGUGAACUAGAAGAGGUGAACAUUCAGAAUGAGGCCGCAGUCGCUGGGCUGCGAAAGAAGCAUAAUGAUGCCGUUGCCGAAAUGUCGGACCAGAUCGAUCACCUGAAUAAGAUGAAGGCUAGGGCUGAAUCUGAUAAGGAGGCUCUGAAGCGAGAGGCUGAUGACGCCAAGGCUGCCAUGGACGCGCUCUCACGCGACAAAGCCGCAGCUGAAAAGAGCAUCAAGCAACUUCAGCAUGAACUGAACGACUCGCAUUCAAAGCUGGACGAGGCUAACCGGACGCUAAAUGACCUGGAUGCCUCGAAGAAGAAACUGGUGGUUGAGAACGGUGACCUCCUCCGCCAAGUUGAAGAGGCCGAGGGCCUCAUCAAUCAGCUCAACAAGAUCAAGAUAUCGCUGUCAAACCAACUCGAAGAUACAAGAAGGCUUGCCGACGAAGAGUGCAGGGAACGAGCAACACUACUGGGAAAGUUCCGCAAUCUGGAACAUGACAUCGACGGCCUCCGGGAGCAGCUGGAGGAGGAGAGCGAGGGCAAGGCGGACCUUCAACGCCAACUCUCCAAGUCCAGCGCCGAGGCCCAGAUGUGGCGUGCGAAGUACGAGCAGGAGGGAGUGGCUCGCGUCGAGGAGCUCGAGGCGGCUCGCAUGAAGCUUGCAGCUCGACUCGAAGAGGCCGAAACUCAGAUUGAACAGCUGAACGUCAAGAACAUGAGUCUGGAAAAGGCUAAGCAGCGGAUAUCCACAGAACUUGAUGAUAUGCAGGUCCAGCUUGAGAAGGCCCAGAACCUCGCAAACGCAGCCGAAAAGAAGCAGAAGAACUUCGAGAGGAUCAUAUCUGAGUGGAAGAUGAAAGUUGAUGAUCUUUCUGCAGAACUCGAAAGUUCCCAGAAAGAGUGUCGCAAUUACUCUACUGAGCUCUUCCGCGUGAAGGCCUCGUAUGAGGAGAACCUUGAGCAGCUUGACUCUGUUCGGCGAGAGAACAAGAAUCUCGCGGAUGAAAUCAAGGACCUGAUGGACCAGAUCGGCGAGGGCGGACGAUCCCUCCACGAGCUCCAGAAGAAUGCCAAGCGUCUGGAAAUCGAAAAGGAGGAACUUCAAGCCGCUCUUGAGGAGGCUGAGGCUGCCCUGGAACAAGAGGAAAACAAGGUUCUUCGUGCACAGCUUGAACUUAGCCAGGUUAGGCAGGAGAUCGACAGACGCAUUCAAGAGAAGGAAGAAGAAUUCGAAAACACACGGAAAUGCCACCAGCGUGCUAUUGACUCCAUGCAAGCAUCUCUUGAAGCUGAGGCCAAGGGCAAAGCUGAAGCUCUUCGACUGAAGAAGAAACUGGAGUCUGAUAUCAACGAGCUUGAAAUUGCCCUCGACCACUCCAACAAGGCCAAUGCUGAUCUGCAGAAACAUAUCAAGAAGGUCCAGACGGAAAUGCGCGACGUGCAGACCCGGCUGGAAGAGGAGCAGCGCGUGUCCUCUGAGUAUCGCGAUCAGUGCUGCAUUGCUGAGCGCAGGGCCGGCGCCCUUGCUGGAGAGCUGGAGGAGUCGAGGACGCUCCUGGAGCAGUCAGACCGCGGGCGUCGCCAGGCUGAGGCUGAACUCGCUGAGUCCCAAGCUCAAGUGAGCGACCUCAACGCUCAGAACAGCUCUUUGGUUCUUUCAAAGAGGAAACUGGAAGGAGAAAUGCAAACUUUGCAGGCUGAUCUCGACGAAAUGCUGAACGAAGCCAGGAACUCGGAGGAGAAGGCCAAGAAGGCCAUGGUUGACGCCGCUCGCCUGGCUGACGAGCUCCGCGCCGAGCAAGAGCACGCCCAGAACCAGGAGAAGAUGCGCAAGGCCCUGGAGGUUUCCGUGAAAGACCUGGAGAUCCGCCUCGAAGAAUGCGAAGCCAACGCCAUAAAGACCGGCAAGAAGGCCGUCGCCAAGCUGGAAAGCAGAGUCCGCGAGCUGGAGACUCAGCUGGACGACGAGAGUCGCCGCCACGCCGACGCCCAGAAGAACCUGAGGAAGUGCGAGAGGCGCAUCAAGGAGCUCAGCUUCCAGUCUGAGGAGGACAAGAAGAACCACGAGAGGAUGCAGGACCUGGUCGACAAGCUCCAGCAGAAGAUCAAGACCUACAAGCGCCAGAUCGAGGAGGCCGAGGAGAUCGCCGCCCUCAACCUGGCCAAGUUCCGCAAAGUCCAGCAGGAAUUCGAAGAACUCCAGAGUACUGUUUAAACCGGAACUACAGUCAUCUACUUGAAAUAAAGUUAUUGUAACAAAAUCUGAAAAAAAACAGGAAAUGGGUAAUCCAGCUUAACAGUGUUUGCUUAACACUGACAAUACUGACAUUUUGUGAAUGAUUUAGUGAACAGAUGUAAUAAGCAAUUCAUCCUUAAAUUCUUCUUUUUAAUUCCUACCAGGCAUUCGAAAUUGAAGAAGGGCAGAUAUGAUAAAAGUUUGUAUUGGAUCUAAUAAAUUAUACAUUAUUAGUCUUCACAA